CCGCGUGCCUUGGGGGUCUCAUAUAGGAGCAAGCCCCUGCGGACUAGCCGCUAGGACUGGCAGUUCUAUAUACGCCUAGAUAUUCCUCCCCGCCCCCGUGGAUCCUCAAAGCAAGAGGUUGUUCCGGAACACCAGUCCUAUACAUUUCGUCCCUUUGGUUCCUGGCCGUUUGGGCAACACGGCACUCUCUCCUGAGCAAGGAUGAGGUGCUUGCCAUUGCUGCUUUCAUUGCUGGCAUGGAUGCAGUUGGUGCUUGCUCAGGAUUUGACAUUACAAUCGGCAGUUAAACAGCUUCCUCAAUGCGCGCAAGUGUGCCUCAAGGAAGCUCUUGCACAGUCAUCAUGUGAACCGACCGAUACGAUUUGCAUCUGCAUGGAUGAGCAACUACAAGCAAAUGUUGGAACUUGUUUGUUGCAGGCAUGUACACUCAAACAGGCCUUGUCAACCAAGAAUGCUACGGCGACAGUCUGCCACGCCCCGAUACGCUAUUCGGGUGAGAAUGCCCGCGUCAGUAACAUAAUUCUUGCGGUUGUGACGGCUGUGUGCGCACUUACCAGGCUCGUCUACAAGGCCAUCGUCUCCGCUGGCGAACUAGGAUACGAUGACUACAGCGUCCUUGCCGCCGUCAUCUGUGGUGUGCCGUCUGUGAUCAUCAUUGACAGAUUUUCCGUGCCCAACGGACUUGGAAGAGAUGUCUGGACCGUCAGUUUUGACCAGAUCACCGAGUUUGUCAAAUACCUUUACGUCUUGGAAAUCCUAUACUUCCUCCAGGUUGCCCUUUUGAAGCUUACGCUUCUGUUCUUCUUCCUUCGGAUCUUCCCAAAAACCAUCACCAAGCGACUCCUCUGGGCAACUGUAGCCGUCAACUGUCUCAGUGGUGUCGCAUUCGUCUUUGUCGCCAUCUUCCAAUGCAACCCGAUCUCUUCCUACUGGACGAGAUGGGAUGGCGAAGGCACUGGUAAAUGCAUCAAUAUCAAUGCUCUUGCAUGGUCCAAUGCCAUCAUCAGCAUAGUCUUGGAUAUCUGGAUGCUUGCUUUGCCUUUGCACCAAGUCUUCCAAUUACAACUAUCUUGGCGCAAGAAGCUUGGCGUAGCCAUCAUGUUCUGUGUAGGAACAUUUGUGACCGUCAUUUCCAUUCUGCGUCUUCGAUCUCUCGUCACCUUCGCCGCCUCCAACAAUCCAACCUGGGACCAGACCAGCGUCCUCAACUGGUCCAACCUCGAGAUCAACAUUGGCAUCAUCUGCGCCUGCCUACCAGCACUACGCAUCAUUCUCGUUCGCAUGUUUCCCAAGAUUAUGGGCACCACCAAGGCUACCGAGCAGCCGUACUACGGAACCGGAAGCCAAAGCUAUGCGAGCAGACACGUCGGCAGCGCGUCAGCCAGUCGGCCAGAAAAGUCCUUCGCCUCCGCGUCAAGGGGGAAUCCAGCUGCCAUCACAUAUACGAAAACGUUUGAAGUGCGGCACACAGAAAGCGAUGAGCAGUCGCUCGUGGGCAUGGAAUUAAGCCAUUUUGCUCAUAAAAAGGCAAAUCCAAGUAGCAGCACGAGUGUGUCGAGCGUGUAGAUUUAUAGAUUAAU